GAUGGCUCCUUUAUGGGGCAAUACUCGAUGUUUCACGUGAAGUUAUUUACACACAUCUGGAGUUAAACGUUCGCCGGGGCGAGUUUCGGGCAUUCUUUUGGCGCGUCGUGUGCGUGAAAAUAAUAAUAAUCGAGAAAUAACGCGCGGUUGUGCAGCGACGAAAGAUCGAUCGAGUUCCCGAAGGAAAAAAUUUCACGGGACGGCCGGUUGGUGUACUAAGUUCGCUCGUCGAACAAAAAUCCGAACAGAUACGCAGUGCCAUUCCAAAGAACCAUUGCUCACAGCUGUGCUAAACUAUGUAUACUAUGCUUACUAAAAAUUACAAAGGUUAAAGAUCCUAAAAUAAAAUCUGGGCUAUUAAGACCUAUUGAUAUUAAUUUGUCGUUCGUAACGCCACGAUAAUAACUCUAGAUUAACGAAGCUCAAGCAAAGUUUUCGGCGAAUGUUAUUUGCCUACGAAUAUUUAUAUGCGAAUUUAUAUGCUGACAUUUUGAAGCAUGAUAUCGAAACGCCGCGAAGGAAAAGAAAAGACGGAAUAAAAGCAUUGUUAAAAAUGUUCAGAAGGGGGACGAUGUCGGUAUUUGUACAAAUUUCUAGAUUCGAUGCAAUGACCAAAGGAAGAAAUACAAAUUUUUAAUGAUCGCAAAGGCCGAUGGACAAGUGAAAUUAUCGAUAGCGGUAUUCGAAAAUGUCCUGAGUAAAAUUUCGAGAGAGAAAGAUUUUUAUUUUCGCACUUAUUAAUCGUGUAAGUGAUUUAAUCGAGCUAAGCUAUAAAAAUGGCAAGGAAAAGUGAUAAUAUGAAAACUAUCAAUGUUGCCGUCGUUGGGCUGUCCGGUACCGAGAAAGAUAAAGGGCAAGUCGGGGUUGGAAAAUCAUGUUUGUGUAAUCGUUUUAUGCGUUCUUUAAACGACGAUUAUAAUGUGGACCAUAUAUCAGUGUUAUCUCAGUCGGAUUUUAGUGGUCGGGUGGUAAAUAACGAUCAUUUCCUAUAUUGGGGCGAAGUUAUAAAAACAGCAGAAGACGGAACAGAGUAUCAGUUUCAAGUGAUAGAACAUACUGAAUUCAUAGACGAUGCAUCAUUUCAGCCGUUCAAGGGUGGUAAAAUGGAACCUUACGCAAAGAGAUGCGCAGCCACUAAAAUCACCAGCGCUGAGAAGCUUAUGUAUAUUUGCAAAAAUCAAUUAGGUAUAGAGAAAGAGUACGAACAGAAGGUUCUGCAAGAUGGUAAAUUAAAUAUCGAUGGUUUUUUGUGUGUAUUUGAUGUAAGCGUUGUGCCGAAUAGAGCCGUAGAGAAACAGGUUGAGAUAGUAGCGAACAUAUUGAACAAUCUAAUGAAAACUAAGAAGCCUAUAGUUCUGGUAACAACGAAGAACGAUGAUGCAAACGAACAGUAUGUGAAGGAAGCGGAGAAACUGAUAAUACGUAAAGAGUAUAAAAGUUCCAUUCUAAUAGUUGAAACGUCCGCGCACGAAAACAUCAAUAUCGAUUUGGCGUUUAUAAUUGUGGCUCAAUUAAUUGAUAAAACCAAAACACGUAGUAAAGUAACACCAUUCGCGGAGGCGGCAAGGGCCAGGAAAGAACUUCUCGACGCGUCUACGGAAUCUCUGCAAAGAUUGAUUCGAAUACACAUAACUGAUUAUCGUGCAUUGUGGUCCCAAGCGUCAAAAAAACUGGCGCAGCACAAAGAAUUUACAACGUUCGUGGAGUUAUUCGGUAUCGAUGCGACCCAAAGAUUGUUCAGGAGACACAUUAUAAAAUUAAAGGACGAGCAAGUGGCGAAGAAAAUACAGGGAUACUUGGAUAUGUUGCCUGACAUUCUUCACGAAAUAUGUCCCGACGUGACAAACCUAAUCAACGAAGAAUGGUCAGCGAUACAGCAGUACAUAAAAGAGCAUCCCGAUUUUCACCAAUAUUUCUAUGAAUGUCCCGAAGAUAUUCCAUGGAUCGAUUGUGAUUUUGAUGAAAACAACGGAACAAAGAUUCCUUACGAUGUUUUGGAAACACCAAAAGCUGAGGAUGUGUUUAAGAAACAUAUAAGUGUAUUGCAACAGGAACAACGACGAUUAGAACUUCCCAAAAGAUGGAAAAAACAGUUUAAGCAACUGUUGGAGGAAACUGGAUACGUUACGCCAGGAAAACACUUGACCGAGGUCAGAGUACUUUUCAUGGGCAGGGAAUGCUUCGAAGCUCUUUCUCACCAUGAUUGUCAAGAAAUAUAUGAUCAACACCAAAAAGAAAUCAUUGAGAAAGCGAAACAUAAUUUCCAAGAACUAUUACUAGAACAUGCCGAUUUAUUUUAUCACUUCAAAAGUAUAGCUCCAUCCGGAACUAUAACGCAAGAUGACAUCAAAGAAAUAACAGAUGCGUUAGUGGAUGAUUUUAGGUAUAAAGCUUUAGAUAGGUUGGAUCAAGAUAGAAAAUUAAUGCUUUUUCAACAUUUGGGUUUUGUACAUCGUCCCAUAAGGGAGCACUGUCCAGCUUAUCCAAAUUGUAUGGACGCUCUUAUCGAACGGAUACUUGGAACGAAAGCUCACAGGCCUUCCUCUUGGAAUCACAGCAGUCAGUGGCAAUUGACAUCCGAUAACAAUCAAUUAAACUUAGUCAUACUCGGAAGCAACGGACUCGGCGAGGAAUUUGCUCGUGAAAUAAGAGCUCAGACUGAGGAUGACGAAGUCGAAAUCGAUUGUCAAUUGUAUACGCUUGGAUAUCGAAUUAUCGACGGGGAUGUUGGGUUACCGCAUAAUUCAUUCACUACUUCCGACUUUAUGCCCCACGGAUCGUUUUGCAUUUAUUCAAACGAGAUUUCGUUCGAAUAUAUCCGUUCCUCUUUGGAGAAGACAUUAUUGUCCAAUCUGGAGCAAGAGGACAGGUUACCAUUUCAAGGAUUGCCUAUUGUUAUUAUGUUUGUACCGGAAUCCACCAUUGACAAAAUGGAAGCAAUAAGACUUAGGGAAGAGGGCCAGAAUCUCGCAGAAAGUUUGCAAUGCCCAUUUAUCGAUGUUUGCGUAGAAGAUUUGGAGCAAGACAGAAGGUUUCCUACACCGCUCGUGAAAGAUGCGCUGCAACAACUUAUACAAUCCAUAAACCACAGAGCCGGUUUUCUGAAUAUUUACCAAAGUGUCAUUCAAUGUUUAGAACCUGAUAUUAGAAUAAUAAUGUGUAUGUUUUGCGGGGAUCCCUAUUCCGUGGAAAACGUACUUGGCCCACUACUCAAUCACCAGUGUUGUUUUCUCAGCGGUGAUCGGUCGAUCGUUUUGGAAACAUUUUUAGGGGAAUCGAAGCAAAGGGUCGAGGUUAUAAUUUCAAGUUUCCAUGGUGCAAAUGCGUUCAGAGACGAAUUGGUGCACGGUUUUAUAUUGGUCUACUCGACGAAGAGGAAAGCAUCUCUCGCGACUCUAAAUGCAUUCUCCAUGAAUAUACCAAAUUUACCAAUACAAAUAAUGGCUGUGACUGAUACUGGAGGCGCUACCGCAUUCUUCAGUAACGAUUUGAGUCAUUUACUCAUCACGGAAGGGAACGCAACGGCAGAUAGGUUACAAGCACAUUUUAUGACGUCUGCAUCCAGUUGUCAACAAAAAACGGCAUUUUACACACCGUUUUUUAAGGAAGUCUGGGAGAAGAAGCCCGAAAUCGAGCAAGCGUUCCACAUGGAGGAACCGGGCAAUUUAAAUGAUAGCGGCGAGGGGACUUUGGAAUACUCUGCGUUGCAUCCUAUGCCACCACCGCGACACGAAAGUUACCAUCUUCAAACGCCAGAUGACGGUAUGUCUGUAACUUUCAGAAGCGGCUCUGAAUCGUACGAGCAGCUAACUCCCGAUGGCGAUCUCGGAGACACAGGUUUGAACGAACAAUUUGCCGACAAUAGAGCCACACCUAGCGACGACAGUGAUAUUUAUAGUCAAGUAGAUUUUUACAGAGAAGAACCGGAGAGAGAGUUGUUAAAACCCGGGGAUAUCGCUAACAAAUUAUCUGGCUGGAUGAAGGAUACGUUUGUGCAUCAGGAUGCAGUGACUAACAGUUACUCUCACAGAGCAUUCACUACGGGUAGACGGCACAUUUCCCAAGCGAAACCGCGGCCAAAAGGGAGCAGCCAGACUCUGAAGCAACCUGGGAAGAUCAACUUGAAGGACUUCUCGAACGUGACGGACGCCAUAGCUAGAAUGACGAUAGGUGAAAAAGAUGAACACGGUCCUAAAAUGACACUGGGUCACGCUCCUCUCGCUACACCCGAAUCGGUAGAUUUGGGCUCCGAAUACGCCCAAGUCAAGGACGUUGUGUCAAGCCUAUGCCCGUCUUACGAUGGCGAUUACACGUACGCCAGAGUCCAAGAUUCGAUUGGAAACAAUAAGCCUAAGCUACGCCAUAGACGCGAGAAGGGUCAACCCUCGUACAGCGAUUCUGAUUCAGGGGGUAGUUCUUUGGAGAGACAAAGGAUGGCCGAUGUCCUAAUUAAAGCGAAUAAGAAACCAGCGACGCAUAAAAGAAUACGUAAAAAACGCACCGCAAUACCAGUCGCUGCGCCCAAAGUUCCAUCUUUGGUUAGUAUGGGGAGCGGAGACGGUAUUGUUAGCCUGAAUUACAAUAUUAAGGAAGAUAAAAAUUGGCGAGGGGAUCCCGUGGAAAGAGGAGUCUCUAGCGAAUCGCCAGAUAGUUCGGAGUCCAGCGAAAUGGAGCACCCUUCGAGGUUGAAGUCAAAACAAUAUAAGCAUCUGGCAGUUAAUCUACGAAAAAAAUAUGUAAAUUCCUCGCCGCAGCAACAUUUACCUGCAACGUUGCAACAUUCGUUCAACAUAAAACACGUGACUCAAGAUAUGUUCAGCGCUUCCUGUAACAAAAUUAUUAAACAUUUUGGAAAUAUUCCAGAUGAUGAGUCAAGCCUAGAUGUAUCAUCACCGCGAGAAAUUAACUCUCCAAGCUUUGGUAUCCUGAACAAAGUCAAAGAUGGCGACAAGUUGAACAGGAAGAAGGACAAACAGAAGGCGAAGGAGGAUGAGAAGUUGGAGAAACGCCGUCAGAAAGAGGAGAAGCUCAAGAAACACGCGGAGAAGGAGAAGGAGCGGGAGAAGAAGAAGCAGGAGAAAAUAAAACAGACUAAAGGGACUGGCGGAACGUUGAGUCAAGGGCAGCAGCAGCCUCUGAUCGAGGACUUUGCACAGAGCGAAACAAAUCGUAUACCUUUGUUCCUCGAAAAAUGCGUGCAUUUUAUCGAGGACGAAGGGUUAGAUUCUGAGGGGAUAUACAGGGUUCCUGGGAAUAGAGCUCACGUUGAACUUCUAUUUCAAAAAUUCGAGGAAGACGGAAAUGUGGAUAUACAUUCGCUGGACAUACCCGUGAACGCGGUUGCAACAGCUUUGAAGGACUUCUUUUCAAAAAGGUUGCCGCCAUUAAUCGAUAAAGAACGCAUGAACAAACUGGAAGAGAUCUCUGGCGCCCGUGGUAUCAACAAACCAAUGUCCGCUACGUGUAUGAACAUGGACGAUCCGAGCUGCAGGUUAUUUGCUCUACGUUUGAUGCUCAAUAAGCUGAAUCCAGUGAACUUUGAUGUACUAAAAUUCAUAUUUCAUCAUUUUGUAAAAGUGGCUGAGAACUGCAAAUUGAACAGUAUGGACAGUAAAAAUCUGGCGAUUUGCUGGUGGCCUACAUUAUUACCUAUAGAGUUUAACGACCUUGGCAGAUUCGAAGCAAUGAGGCCGUAUUUGGAAGACGUUGUUCAGACGAUGAUCGAUCAGUAUCCUUUCCUGUUCUGCGGUGAGGAAGCUAUCGUAAUGGUGUAGUGAAAGACUACAUAACGUUUGAUCAUACAGUUGGAACUACGUACGAGGAACGGGGGGAGCAAAUUGUUCGCUUCCGCAAUUAACGUUCGAUUCUUACGGUCACGAAAUAACGAUUGGUUUUUUUUUGCUAUAGUUUCGCGCUAUGAUUUCGUCGUGGCGCGUUUCUCUACGAUUAGGAUAAUUCUCUUGCUGCGCGGAAAAAAAAUGCUCGAACAAAUUAAUUUAAGUUUCACGUACUCGUUCCAUCGCGAAUAUGACUGGCGGGAGUGAUAGAUUCGAUGGUCCUAAUCUUGGCUGUACGCAAGCCCGAUAAUAACGCGAGUAAUAAGAAGUCAAUCCAUGUGUCAUAACAGUAUGCAUGUAUCAUGUUGGGUGUAUUCAGAGCGAUGUAUUUAUUAACAUAUAUUUAGACGUAAGACUCGGUAUUUGAUAAUAGCGAAUAAUCCGUAGUGGGCUCGAUGUUGCUUUUUUCCCCGACUUUCCGUUAUUGUUCGUUCCGUUCUUAGGUUCUCCAUACGUAAGAAACUGUUUUGCCGUGUGCGAUGUGUGCGUGUAAAUGCGCGAGAGAGUGAAAGGAGAUUGCGCAAUUUUGUAAAAGAAUACUCGUAUUCCAAAACGCGUCGAAAAGGUACUAUCACGAAAAAAAAGUAUAUUCCGUACGAAAUUUCUCCGAUUCAUGCGCAUUUUAUAUAGCAACAAUAUCAAAAAGAAAAAACCAAAAAAAAAAAAAAAAUAAUAAUGUUCGAAGUGUUUCUACGAGUAAAACUAGGCUUGUCGGAUCGGUCGAUUGUUUUUUACAUUCAUCAGUAUUCAAAAAAAAAAAAAUACUCAGUUUGACAUAACAGGGCCUUUGAAGCCCGUCAGUGAUACACAAUGCAUAAUAUAUCCAUUCCGUCUGAAUGAAAAAAAGAAAAAUGGGGGGAAAAAAUAAGAGAAAGUUAAUCUGUAAUCGCAAUUUUUUUAAAAAUCGCGCGCACCACUGUUUGGGGGACGUCGAGGGAAUUGUAUGAAUAUCGAUAUGGUUUUAAUUCGUAAGGUAAACCAUGAAUCGUUAAACGCUAAGAACAAUACUUAAACACUUUUUCAGAUUUCGUAAAAAGCGAACGUUGUACAUAAGAUUAUAAGAUUGUAAGCUACGUGGAAUUUAUAACGAGGAUCGACUAUCGAUACUUUCGAGAUUAUCCAAUAGGCGUCGUUACGUUUCGAGGAUUGCUUCUUUUCUGUUGUGUUCACAUGGAUGCAUGUACAGGGUGUUCAGUCAAUCGUGGGGGAAAUUUUAAUGUGGAAUGGGAUUCUAGAGGCUAAAAUAAGACGAAAAUCAAGAAUAGUAAUUUGUCGAUUGAGGCUUCGUUAAGAAGUUAUUAACGUUUAAAGCUCCGCGCACGCAGCGCGCGCGGUUCCCGUUUCACAGG